UAUUGUUCUGCCUUUUCUUAUUUUAGUGAUGUCUUUUUUUCUACUAUUAUCUUCCAGGUCUUCCAAGAAGCAGAGCUUCCCAGACAGGUGGAGAAGACGUUGCUAUAACGGAACCAAGGACCGAACUGCCCCUCCCUGGACUUGCAGCCAAAUUACAUGUCAAUCAAACUGACAUGCACAAGUGAGAUUGAAAUCCAAGCAAACCAGAGUAACGGCUUCCCCGAGUACUUUGGCUACAUUCGGAGCGCUAAUGAUCCCAGUUUGCUGGUGUCCCCCAUGGUUGUGGCUGGGAUUGUGAUAGGCCUGGUUCUCUUCUUGUCCUGUAUGACCAUAAUCAUUGGAAGCCUGAGAAAAGAUGGAGGUGUGAGAGAUCUCCAUGCCGACCCCAGCUACGAUGGCAUUUCUUACGCAGCACCCAUUGGAGAUUUGAGGUCUGUCUGCUCCGGGGACCGUUCACCUUCUUUCGAGUUUGGCUCAAACAUGGAGUUCAAUUUUACUUUCCUGGAUGCUCCUCCACGCUAUGAUGACUGUGUCAGGCCUGAAGCUUCUGCGGUAUACAUUCCUCCUGAUGACCCACCACCGUAUUCUCUGGAAGACCCUUGUCUCGCACGUGAACUAGCCUUUGACGUCUCCACCGAAGAGGUACCUUGGACUUCACUGGAGAACACCGGCCCUCCCGUGACAUCCAAUGACGUAUCCUCUGUUGGGCAUCAGGCUUUGCCACCAUAUAGAACUUUACAUAAGGAGAAUGUUCACAUUCCGCUAACACCAACAGACUCCUUAAAAGAUGUUUCCUCUCGGAACCUUCCUGUCCCACAGCAGAAUGCUUAAGCCUUCUCAUAACGCUCUAGUGGAUUGACCCCACACCUCUAGGUAACAUGGCAUCUGCUUUAUACUCCAGAAGCAUUAGAUCAGAAUUAUCACCUUUACCCGACACGCAGACAGAAUCCCGGAAACAUUUCAGGUCGACUUCCCCCUCGUAAUACGUGGCCAAAGUUGAGAAGUGCCGUUAGAGAUUACCUAGCAAUAAAUCAUAGAAGUUAGACAGUAAGGUGGCCUAUAUAAUCGUGCCUACGUUUGUACUUUAUUGAAGAGCUCACUCACUGAAUAAAAGAUGGCCUCACAAAGCUAUGUGCAAAUGUAUCAUUAAACUUAAUAUUUACACUAAAAAAA